AUGCCGCCGCCGCCAUCGGGGACGGCGCCCGGCUACUACGACAGUGCUACUCCCAACCAGGCGUCGUUGGCGAUGGACUUUGAUUUCGGCAUGAUGCCGGUGAGCCAGGGGAUGGCGCCGCCCCCAGCGCCGGCGGUCCCGCUUGCCAAUGGCGUCGCCAACGGGUACUUCAAUGGUGAUUACACCGCUGAUCUCGGCGCCUCGGGGGCGCCGCCGGUGCCGAUGGGCGGCGCUGCUCACCCUGGCGCCGGCGCCAGCUUCUCUAGCGCUAGCGGCGGCGGCACUGGCGCCCAGCUGCCGCUCCUGGAUCCGGCGCGGCUGCCGAAACUGCUGCUGCCGAAGCUGCUGCUGCCCCGCCCCCGGGUCAAGCUGGCCCACAACAUCAUCGAGCAGCGCUACCGCAACAAGAUCAACGACAAGUUCAACGCGUUACAGAUGCUGGUGCCGGCGCUUCGUCUGUGCGCGCGCCGCAAGGCCAAGAAGAUGCUGGCGCUGGCGCGCGGGGGCCGCGGCGGCAGCUACAGCGAUAGCGACAGCGACGACUGCGACGGCGCUGGCCUGGGUGACGAGGACCUCGAAGGUCUAGAACCCGCACGCAAACUCAACAAAGGCACCAUCCUCGCCAAGCUGGUCGAAUACAUCAAAUUCCUCGAAUUGAAAAACGAGCGCAUGAAGUACGAGCAGCAGCAGCUCAUGGCCAAAGCGCAGAUGAUGGGGAUCGACAUCAGCCACAUUGCCCCAUAA